AUGCUCCACCGCACUUGGAAUGAGGACGUCCUUCACUUGAUCGCCCUUCAUCUAACCGGACAAGAUGCGAUGAACUUGGCGACCACAUCCAGGAUGGCGUACCAAGCGGCCAUCCUCCGCGUCGCGGCGUCUGCAAAAUGCGAUAGUCCUGCCCAGCUCCAGCGGUUCCACGCGUACAUUCUCGGAAGGACCGAAGACGGCCGUACACGCGCGCGGUACCUUGAAGACCUCAUCAUCUCUGAAAAUUCAUUCUUGAGACGCAGAUUCAUACAACGGGACAUCGGUGCGGAGUUGAACGAUGUAGUAGACACUCAAGUGAUCCAAAUCAUGGAUAUCCUCCAGGCGGCGAGUAACCUUCGCCGCCUUGUCAUCGCUCACCUCUACAGGUGCAUGUGUACAGACCCUCGGAUGGCCUCAUCCCUUCCAUCACUGCAUGCACUCCACGCGCUCGAGCUGGUUUGCGUGGGCGAUGAGGAGAUCAAAACUAUAUCACUUCCACCCAACAUUGUGACCCUUACGUUAUCCCAACGAUCCAGCAUCAACUCCGCACCAUCCUUCCUCCGACUCCUCGUCGCCCUCCCACGUCUAAAAACCCUCAUGCGUGUGGGUAUCCGUUGA